AUGGUUGAAUUGGAAAGAAUGGAUUUGGAAUUAAUUGAGAAGGAAUUUGGAGAAUUAUUUAUAGAAGAAACAGGUCCUUUAACUCUUGCAGAAAGAAUUAUGAAAAUUAUAAAAGAUUUUUAAAUAGACUUUUCAUUGAACAUUAUCAAUAAUAAAAACCUUUCUCAACAUUAAUUGAAUAUUGAGAGAGAAAAGUAUGAGAUAUUAUAGUCAGAAUUAAGAAAAAUUAAAUACUCUGAAAAUUGUGAAGAGGUAGAAUAACUUAAAUUAAUAAUCAGCCAGAUCUAAAUUAUUGUAAAAUUAUUGAAAGCUUCAAGUAACCAAGAUCUAUAAUUUUUUCAAAUGCCUCUAAUUGAAACAGUAAAAGAUUUAAAAGAAAAAUUUUAUGAAUUUAAAACAAAAUAUGAUGAUCAGAACAAUAGAGAUGGGGAUCUCAAUAAAUUAAAUAAUGAAAAUGUAGAGGAUGAAAAUAAUGCCCAAAAUAAAAUUAGAACAAAGUUAUCAAUCAUUAUUAAUAUUCUAUAAUUUUUAUUAAUUAAAAUUAGAUAAGAGAAGCAAAAAUGGGCCUAAUUAGUUGAAAAUGUUAAACUUUUUACUAAAAGCCUUGAUGUUUCCUAAUAAUAUUACCUGUAAAUGUAUACAAAUUUUUAAAGUUUUUUUUCAAAACAUAUAGAAAACAUUAAGGAAUCUUUAUGCACAAAUGCUAAUUUAGAAUAAUAGGAAAAAGAAUCAAUUAAAGAAUACUUUUCAAGAAUUUAAAUCGAUACAUUGUAGAGUGAAAAAUAAUCAGACAACAAUAAUAGUUAAUCAACAAAUAUAGUUGAUUUUCUCUAUAAGUUAAUGGCUGAAGCAAAAGAAACUUUAAAAAUAUCGAAUUGGGAAUUCUAUAAAAUUUAAUUUAAUCAAGAUUAUCUAGUUUAAUCAACUAAAAAAAUAUACCUAAAAGAAAACGAUGAGGAAUAUGAAGUCAAAUCAAAUCAAUAGUAUUAAUUCUCUAUUGAUUAAUGA